UGUGGAGAGGCAGUGCGUCAGGUAACAGCUAGGCGGCGGUAGCAUUUAAAUACUUCCCCGCUCCUCUGUGUUUGGAAAGUGGUGCUUCUACCUCUCUACAAUGACAUAGACACCACAGUGCAUGGCAAGUGCUGCGUGAGUCUGUGGUCAGCUGCUGGGAGGGAAGUGGAGGAAGAUGAGCCGUGGGGGGAUGCAGCGAGCCCUUGUGUUUGCCUCUGUCUUGGCCGGGGUGUGUGAUGGCAGCCAGCAGAGCAUCACCGCCGCAGAACCGUUCCCUUUGCUGCUGCGCGGAGAGUGGUUCUCGUGGGAGGAGGGCCGGGAGGUGGACACGAGCAUCAACGAGGGAUGGUUUAAGAGUCUUGGCCAACCUGUGGAUGCCGCUCAGCUCCGCCGCGACUCCUUCCAGUAUGUCUUCUCCCAUCACCAGUGCUUUGUCUGCGUCCGUUUGCUCGUCAGAUCCUGGAACGUUUUGGAGAAGCUGGAAGGACCAUGUGUGAGCGAUGGCAGCGAUGUAGCAGCGGCGUGUCGGUGGCUGGAAGGGAGGCAGCAGUCAGGCGUGAUGCUUUUCAGGAGCGACCCGACCCCCAUCAACUGUCGCCCAGCCCUACAUGGUCUCUUUCACUUCGCCUGGCAGAACAAAUUUAGCUUCACGGGGGAGUGUGACCACCCAGAGGCAAUGGUGAGGUCGUGUCAGGAGCCAGGCAGCCAGUUCCUCAUUGACAGCCAAAAGUUCACUAUCAAUUUCAAGAAGUGUGAGGGUGUUGGACAUUCCUUUGAUGCCACUCGGGAGUACACGUGCCUUGGCGAUUGGUAUGUGGGGCGGAACCAUUACUUUGCUGUUGCCAACACUAAGGAGUCUCGCAGGGAGGAGCGCUACCGAUGCUUUGUGCGGGACCGGGAGGAGGACCUGUACAUGGGACUGUCCAUUACGCCAGAGUGCUUGGUCCUCAAAACACCACAGAACAGCCCUGUUAGGUUCAGGCUCAGUUAUGCUAAGCAUGAAAUCAUACCACCUGGCUGCUACCUACCUCGCAACCUGACUGGAAAAUGGGAGUCUUCAGGGAUAGGCGAGGCUCAGAUGGUCAUUAACUCCACCCACAUCACUGAGACCAUGUGGCGAGGGUAUGCUGCCAAGACCACCACUUACACCUGUUUGGAGCAGCGAGGAAACCGUUACCUGAUGGCCAAGCAAAGUGUAGAAGGCUGCCAGACAGAGUACGUGUGUUGGGAGUUGGUUCCCCGCCAUCACAACAUCGUGCGUUACCGAGUCAGCUGGGCCCUCAUCUACCAGGACUUCCAAGUGUGUGACUAUGCUAACUUCAGGAGUGGCCGGGAGUGGAAGUAUGACACUCUAAUUGCAGACUCCCCAGCACCAGUCUCCUGUCCCUUUGGUGGGAGGUUUAUGUUCCAGCAGGAGGGAGGCUCACCUUUGCAGCCUCGCAUUGUAGGAGGCAUCACCACCUCGCCUCUUGACUCCUACCACUGUCCUACCCGCCGCACAGUCAUGUCAGUCUGUGAUAGAGAGCGGAGGUUGAUUGAGAUUGAUUUGGACUUGUGUGUGUCGCUCAACAAGGAUGGACACCCAGUAGAUUUUAACAGUGUGAUAGACUACCGGCUGCAGUGCGUUGGCUUCUGGCAGGAGAACCUCUUGUCUUACCUGGUGACUCAUGACCCAUCUGAUUCUGUGUCCAGGUUCAGGUGUUGGGUAUAUCAGCGGGUUAGUGACACACAGAUCCGCCUCUCACAAUCCGUCGGGGCAGCGUGUGGUCUGCGGCAAACCUUCAUGUCCUCCAACUUCACUGAGAGUGCCUCUGUGGCCCUCACCCUGACUCUCAAUGAACGCCUGUAUGACUACUGCCCCAUGUUUUAUGAUAAUGGCAAGAACCCAUGGCAGGAGCAGGAUCGAGCACUCACCAUCUUCACAUUCACUGACUGUGCGUGUCCCUCCAGUUUUGCCAGUAAGGUGAUUCUCCUCGUGCCUGUGUUGGUGCUCUUUGGAAGGUAAGACAGACUGUUGCCCACCUUCAUCCUCCCCUUUAGUGGCUGUGAUCCCAGUGUGACCAUCUACAGGUAUCACUGGAGUCAUUUGUGAAGUAUUAUUAAGGUAAGGUGUGGUGAAGAUGAAGGAUGUCAAGUAUUAUUAAGAUGAGGUGUAAUGAAGUUCAAAGGUGUUAAGUAUUAUCAGGUUGAUGUGGAAAAAGGGGAAAAUGUAGCUUGUGAUGUGACUUCCCUCCAUCUCUCAUUUAUUAUUUUGUACAAUUAUUUGUCCUUUUCUUUCAGUGCCUCAUCCUGUUGCAUUGGUUUUUCCUUCUUCACUAUUAUUAUUAUUCAUUUUUAGUUUUUCUAUUAUUUGCUAUUUUUUCACUAUGGAACAUCUUGUAUUAUGGUGGUCAGUUAUUUAUAGUAUUAUCUGAAGUACUUAUAAUACUGAAUCUCAGGUUUAUCACAGUUGAUAGUCUGAUAACUUUAAGUAUCAUUAGUAUAGUAUUUAUUUGAACAUUAGAUUUUGUCUUUGCUUGCAUUGUGCAGCACUUCAGUCUUUAUUAAUGUUUUAAGUCUCAAUUGUACUUAUAAUCAUGGGGAAGAAAGGGUCUUCUCAUCUUUCCAUGAAUGAGUGAAUCAGUUCUCUAAAUAGAUUUAUCCUGAUGUGAGUGAGAGUUAUUACUCAGCUUUGUCUUUUUUUAUAUUUAACUGAAAGAAAUUAGUUAAAUAUUUUAUUGGUUUGUGACACUUUCAUAGGAAACUGGUUCACUAAUAGAAUUUGUGUAUUAGCAGUUUCACUGCCCUUGUUUAGUGUUUAUUCAUAUCUGGCUGGAACAUUGCUCAUUCAUCCGUCCAAGACUAGUCUGUCAACGAGCAAUCCUUUUCGUUCGUUCUUUCCGUCCAUUGGUGGCUUAGUGUAAGUGUGCCGGCUUCUUGAUGAUCUCAGUUAUUUUAGUUCAUUGCCUUGUUUUUUUUUUUUUUUUUUUUUUUUUGUAUAUCUGUCCACCUUAUUUUCCAUUUUCGUAUUUAGCUUCCUUCUUGUUUAUCAUCUCAUUCACAUCUCUAGUUUUUCUUGUUCAUUGUUGUAUCUUUAUUUCUCCCUCUGACUGGAGAUGCUACAAUGUUUUGUAAGUUGGUUUCUCUUCCUGCUCUGUAUAUUGGGAAGAAUUGCUGCAGAUUGUAUUGUAUUAACCUUGACAUCAUUUUUUUUUUUUACAUUUUACAGUGUUCAUGUGUAUAGUUGUAUUUUUUGUCUUUAUUAGUAUAGUAUACCUUUUGUGUGUAGCAUGUUUUUGCAUUAUGUAAGGUGUGACUUAUGGAGUGGCUGAAAGGAAUGGUGUGAUGGAUUAUUAUGGCUGUCAAGAUAAGGUUUUGCUUGUGGGAUAGAUCCCUCGGUUGACUCAUUUGCUUAUGUACAGGUUUUGUUUGUCGCAAGGCCUAAGGCCACUGUAAAGAAAACAUCACCUCAAAUUUUCAUUCCAUUUCAACUCUGUUAAUAUGAUAAAAGCUGACCAUUGAUUUUAUGGCAUUUCUUGAGGUUCGCUAAACUGACGUCCUUUUCUAAGUGAUGCAUCCCUACACAAUACUCCCAACAGUAAUCACAUCCUUCAUUAAAACAUGUUACAACAGUGGAGUGAUAAAAAACUGAGUUAAGAAUGUUCCUAUGUGUAUGAGCCUGGUAGGGAGCAGGAACAUGCAAUACCACACAUUAGUACCUUGGUUACUUGAUCUGAAGGUGGCCUUGAUCUAAAGGUUUAUUAAAUGCUAGAAGAUAUCAGUGGUCAGUUUGCAUAACAUAAGACCAUUGCAUAACAUAAUGGUCUUAUAAGAUGCUUUAUGAUAAGUUACCUUUUGAGUUGUGUUGACAUUCCGUAUUUCAUCAUGUGUGUGCGUUACUGUGCCAUAACGUGCAUUGAAGACUUGAAGCUGUGGAUAUAAAUAUGCUGUUGUGGUUGUCGCUUAGUUUGAUAACUCCACUUGACCUUCUCCUAGGUUGUGAUUUGGAAGUUAAGAGUAAUAGUCAUAUACUUACUAGUGGAGGCUUCUCAGUUGUAUCCUUAAUGUGCUGUUCUGGAGAAUUGUGAGGCUUUGUCGUUUAUAACUAUGAGGAAUAUAGUCAUUCUUCUUGCUCAUAAGCCAGUUAAGGAACCAUGUAAAUUACAAGUGCUCCUUACCGUGCUGAAUUCCUAGUACUUUAAGCAAUGAUGGCCAGCUCAUUAAUGUGUAAUUGAGUUGAUAUUCAGUAUACAAUUUUUUUUUUUCUUGUGGAGGUGUGUAAUUUACCUAAUAAGUACCUUAGAGCAUGGCGAUGAGUUAACAUGUUAAUGAUUUGUGAAGGAAGCUGGUCUGUGAAGGAGAGUUGUGAGUCGUACCUGGUUUGUCAUGUUAAUAAUUUGUGAAGGAAGCUGGUCUGUGAAGGAGAGUUGUGAGUCUUACCUGGUUUGUCAGUCAUACUUCCUCAGGCAAUGUGGAGUGAAUGUCAAUUUCCAAAUACAGUGGAAGAAUGUAAAUGCAGUUUUAAAGAGUCCAGUCACUGUUUAUAUUUAAGGAGCAACAUCAUCAGUAUUUUCUUGUUAAUGAGCAAAAGUUUCUAGAGCUUUCUGUGUUAAUGUUUGUCCUGUAGUAGAGUCAUCAAGGUAAGCCCUUACUAUCAUUUGCUUUAGUGUGCUAGCUGCUCAAAUGGAGAGCGUCUGAAGAUAGUAUGCUUGAAUCUGAUGUUUUAGGAAGGUUUGACAUUAGAAGUGGUAGUGUGAUACUCGCUUGAAUGGUAGUAUCUGAGAGUAGAACACACUCAUGAAUUCACCUGGCUAUCUUCGUGCCCUUUGAAAAUAGUUGUGGUGAGAGAGCAAAACCUGUCUUAAUAUGGGCCUUUAUAUCAUUAGCAGUCUGAGGUUUAACUCAGUCAUUCAUAGCAUGGGGAGAAGGACUAAUAAAAUGGCAGAGAUAAUAAAAUUCACAUAUAUUUCUCGCGUAAAAGCCUUAUACACGUUACAAUGGCAAUUCUCGUACAGUUAGCGUCUUGAUCUACCUUUCCUCCACUACCCACACCAGCCACACCCUCUGAUUGGUUACUGAGGCGUAUCCGUCACUGUAUCUGAGCACAGCCAUUGGUUAAGUUACAAACGUCAGAACUCCUAAUUGGCUCUUGGGAUGUAACGUGGCAUGGGUAGCAGGGUGAGGGCCUAUGUGAUUGGUGCUCAGGCUGACGAACGUACAACGACGAGAGAACAUGGCGGGAAAUUUGUAAAGAGAGAAAGAGGCGAUGAGACAGAAUGAGAGGCUUAGAUGGUUAAGGAGAUCCAAUCCACCAUCAUAUGAGUUGUGGUGCAAUUCCAACCCAUACAAGAGUGGGUUACUAUCUCCCUGUUGUUAGAGGAUUGAAACAAAACAAAACGAGGGGUAAACAGGGGACAAAACAUCACUAGUAGGAUUGAAAAGGAGUAG